UCCAUCAUUCGCGCCUGAAUAGCGCUUAGAACCCUAAAAAACCUCAAAUUCCUCACUCCCUCCCUACAGCCGCCCGCUAAGCUCCAACAUUUCAGGAAAUUGAAGACUCUGUUGAAUUUAUUCCCUCUACCAUAGUCCUUCCCGAUGGAGAUGGAUACGACGACAGGUGCUGAAAAUGGCUCCCUCAUUCUGGUUAAGCAAGGUGCCGAAGCUAGAGUUUUCGAGUCAGUAUUCGUGGGAAAAAGGUCCAUCAUCAAAGAACGUUUCUCCAAGAAAUACAGGCAUCCUUCUCUUGAUUCUAAACUCACUCUCAAGCGCUUAAACGCGGAGGCCAGGUGCAUGACGAAGGCUCGCCGACUGGGUGUUUCGACGCCGGUUCUUUACGCCGUGGACACGGUGCUCCAUACUCUGACAUUUGAGUACGUGGAAGGUCCUUCCGUUAAAGAUGUUUUCCUUGAAUUCGGAGUUAGUGGCGUCGUUCAAGAACGUUUAGAUGAUAUAGCCACUCAGAUUGGCGACGCAAUUGGCAAACUCCACGAUGGUGGCCUUAUUCACGGUGACCUCACCACGUCAAACAUGUUAAUCAGAAAUGGAGCUAAUCAGCUUGUCCUGAUUGAUUUUGGUCUGAGCUUUACGUCAACGCUCCCAGAAGACAAAGCUGUUGACUUGUAUGUUCUGGAGCGAGCCUUGAUUUCCAUGCAUUCUUCGUGUGGGAAUGUGAUGGAUCUUAUACUUGCUGCAUACAAGAAGUCAUCAAAGCAGUGGUCUUCCACAUUCAACAAGCUUGCUCAAGUGCGACAAAGGGGCAGAAAGCGCACCAUGGUUGGAUGAGCCUCCUUCAUUGAUGGGAUAUAAAGUAGGAGAAAAUCCGUUAGACUGAUUAAUGCAAUGGAAGAAAGUGUUAAAUCUUUGUGUUGUGAUAUUUUCUGUAUAUUGCAGUUGUAAUGCACGCAUUUUGAAGCUUGGACCUAGUUAUGAUGUACAAACACAUGAUUAUGUCAACAUGGGAUCAGGUAGAUUGGCCCCUGGCUUUCAAUUCUGAAUGCUGUAUUCCAAUUAGUUUGGCCUAGUGAUGGACACUGUUAACUGCAUUUCAGUGAUUAAAAGUACAGUCAUUCUAAUCUACUUGGUAUUUGUCGGGCUUGGCGAA